AAAUGCCUGAACCAGGAGAGCUGCUGUUUUCUGGCACACGUUCUUCAACCUCCAGAUAACGUGGUGAUUCUGCUUUGUGGGGUGGAGAAUUCAGAGAUGCUUUAUGAGCUACUAACCUUAAGUGGAAGGAGCAGAGAGAUCUUUGCUGAUCAGGAACCUGAGGACUAUCUCUCCAUUGUUACUGGAAUUAUUCAAACAGAUUGCCAGGCUACCUCUGAUGUUAACUUAUCAGAUGCCAGAGGAGCAUCAGAAAAAGCAGAUCUUGGUUUUGAAACAGAAGUACUUACUGAGACAUUAGAAACUAACCAGAACUCAGUAUUGGUGAUUCCAGCAAGAAUAUCGUGUGAGAACCCUGGUGAAAUAUUCAUUUUGUUGAAAGAUGAAAUAGAUGAUGAAACCUUAGAAAUUGAAUUCAUAGCAGAUAAUCAACGAAUUAGGACACAGCCAGCCUCUUGGAAUAAGAAGGUCAAGUACAUGAAAGCAUUAGAUCUUCCUGCUGGCCCUGUAUAUAUAAAUGUCUACUGUGAGGGUGUCAUUAAGACCACUGCACAGAUUGAAUAUUAUACUGCAGCAGAAGAGAUUGAGCGCAUCUUUCAGAAAGUAGCUGACCCGAUAGCUUUUAUUUGUCAGACUUCUAAGUUUUCAUCUAUGGAGAAGCUGGAUAAUGUUCUGACUUUGUUACUGGAAAACAAGAUAGUUAGUUGUGAAUUCAGCGCAUGCCAAGGUGAAGAGCAGCACCAUCAGCAACCUAAUAGCCAUUUGGAAGAAUUUCCCACUCUCCUUCACUGUGCAGCCAGAUUUGGAUUAAAGAACCUCACAGCAGUUCUGCUCAAGCAUCCUGAGGCCACAAGGGCUUGUAAAAUAACCAAUAUAGAUGGAGAUGUUCCAGCAAGUAUAGCUGAGAAACAUGGACACAAGAAAAUAAGAGAAUUAAUCAAAGAAUUGUCGAUUAAAACAACAGAUGAUUUCUCCAGCCAUGAGGAGGAAGAGGAAUAUGAGGAUGCUUACAUGCUUAUGGGAGGCAUGGAAGCUGAACCAGCCAUAAUUGAGCAGAACCCAGGAGAUCAACACGGAAUUGGAUCAAAAUGUCAACAAGAAGCUGAGGUGGAUAAGGAAGAAAAAGGUGGUGUAGAAGACAGUGCAGAGGAAACUGAGGAGGAAGAUUCCUACACCUUUGUCAACAGUCCUGACAAUUUGUAUGCCAGCAUACCUGACUGUGAUUAUGAAGAAAACAGCAAAGAAUGCUUUUUCUCCAAAAAACCGCCCCCACCUCCUCCUCGAAAUCUGCCUGGCACCCUGAGACAGGAUGAGCCGCAGCAAUUGUCACAAGAGAGGAAUUUUGUGGAGGAGAGAAGUGAAACAGAACAUGGACUGAACACAGCAUGCUACAGAGAAGACCAAGAUACCAGUGAGGAAGAUGAUGAAGAGGACCACCCAUAUACUUUUGUAGAAUAUGAUGAAUAUCUGUAUGAUUUGAUACUGGAUGAGGAAGAUGAGGAGAGAAGGAAAGAACGCAAAUCAUUUAUCAUGAACAGGCCGCCCGUUCCUGCCCCUCGUCCCGAGCAUUCAGGAGUCAGAAAUGAGAACACUCCGUACAUAGUACAAGUGUUUCAGCAAAAAGCCACUCAAAUGCCCAGCGACUAUGACAAGAUGUACUGCGAUGCCAGGAAGCACGCAGCAUGCAGAAAACACACUGACAUGGCUGCUGUGAAACACAACAUCCCUGCUGAAUGUGGAGAUCUUAUCCAUGUCCAGAAACAACUGAAAAAGGGGGCAGUUUAUGUGGACAAAUCCCUUGACAGAUGUAAACAGUGGCAGAAUGAAAAACAGAGACUGCAGCCCACUCCACAGGAUAAAGUGUGCCACCUUAGGGCCACCAGUACAGGGAAGAGACUAGAAAAGGAAAAUCUGAAUGUGUCCAAUUAGGACUCCAGCAGUGAAGGAAGAGAUGCCUAAUUAACAGAGGCUCUGGAUUUCUUUGGUUUGCUGGUCUCCACAAGAACAGUCUGGGCAGAGCAGCUCCAAGAGUUGUUAUUUUCUUCUUCAGCUUCAUUGCUUUAUUUCAGAUAAGUUUAGAACUUAGUAGGAAUACUGAAAAUUUCAAAAUAAGUUUCAGUUAUGAGCAGUAUUUUGCACUGCUUGAGUUAUAAAAGGGACAAAGUGUGAUUUGUUCACAACAACAAAAUGAU